AUGAACUUGCUAAAAAAAGGUCGGCCGCGGGUUUUGAACCAAUUAAGAGAGCGGAGACUUAUUCAAGCAGCUAAACACAGAAUUGGGAUCUCACAACGAAAACUGGCCAGAAGAUUUCAUGUUGGAAAGACUACGGUGUUUGAGACCCUAUCAAGACACAAUGUGUUGUUCCGGAAAAGGAGAAAAGCUCCAAAAUACACAGAUGCUCAGUUAGGAAGAAUUCCAAGAUGUUGCCGCGCGUUGAGGCGAGUGCAUUUUGCCAACAAGUUGAUCGUGAUGGACAACAAAAAAUAUUUCACUUUGGCCAACUCUGAGAUGAAGGAAAAUGAUGGUUUCUACACGGACGAUCACGCAAAUGUUCCUAACGAUGUGAGAGUCAAGAGCGAAAAGAAGUUUGAGGACAAAAUGUUGAUCUUGCUUCAUGCUAUUAUACGAGAAUCACAAGGGAUUGGUGAUGGGUAUGGGGCCAACAACAUCAACUUUGUACCGAAAGUGGACAAUCCCCCCAACCUACCUCAGGCACGCCCAAUUGAAGACUUCUGA